AAUUUACUUUUCAGGUUUACUUCUACUGGAAUGAAGAAGGUUAAAUGCUUGGCUCAAGCUCAGGCAGAUGUUCUUGCAGGCAAGACUCUGCCUGCUGCUAAAGCUCCAUCUCCCACGCCUCCGCAUCAACCCGGAGUGCUCGAUGAGAGUCGAGAGGGUGAAAUAUGAGCCCUAUCAAUUCCCUAUAGCUGCAAACAAGAAGUCAACAGUAAGGCGAUUCCGUGACUUGCUACGCGACUGCUGCACCUUCCAAAGUAAAGAAGGACAUGUGCGGCGUUUUUGCUGCCCGGGGAAGCAGCAAAGCAAAAGAAGAAGAACAAGCAAAGCCAGGGGCAGAAGGCCGCAAAAAAUGCCAAAUGGCCGCCAGCCGGCAACAACACUUCAACAAGCAGAUCUCGGAUUGCGUCAAUGCAAUCAUUGACUGUUGUUUACAAUAUUGACCACCAAGCACCGCCAAUUGAGGCUAUGUUGAAGGAAAUGUGCCAGCUGCCGCCACUCCUUUCUCCAAUGUCUUCACCAGCUAGUUCGCCGCAGCCUGGUUGUUCAUAUGAGGCUGACUAUGAUGAUAUUAUGGGGAAUUCUUCGAUGUGUAUCCAGAAAUGAUGGGGAAGGAAUCGGAUUAAAUAAUGAUUUAAUUUUUUUGUUGUUAAUAAUUUUUUUCGAAGUAAAUUUUUUUGUU